CCUCACUCAAUGCUGUUCUCAACUCUCGCUCUAGCCGGUCUUGUCAUAGCCACGCCUAUCCAGCGCCAGUAUGGCAGAGUGCAGCCGUUGAUUCAUCGGCCCUCGCACUCCUCCCUCGAAGCGCAUGGGUAUGAGCCCCCCAAAGUCCCGCCCAACAACCGGGAAGUCUUAUUACAAAUAUAUGGAGGCGACUAUCACGUCCCGCGCAGCUGGGACCUUGAGGACAACUGGUCCGGGGCGGCGAUCAAGAUGUCCGGCUUCGACAGGUGUCUCGAGGCCGGGUCUGGACCUGCUGUCGGCAGCCGACUCAAGGUGUACGCAUGCCAUGGCAAGCCGUGGCAGCUGUGGAACUAUGCAGACGGCUGGCUUGAGAUGACUCAUUACGGUCUCUGUGUUGGGAUCACCGGCGGAUACAUUCUGGAGCUUCAGACGUGUGAUUACAGCCAGCCAGAGAAUGGAACGCAGCGGUUUUUUGCAUAUUAACGAGUCGCGGGAAGCUAACUGACGCGGCGACUCGGGGCUUAUGAAUCCAUCUUCGCUCUGAGAGACUCGAGUCAAGUAUGACAGAAUAUUAUUAUGCAG